CGUUAGCCUAGCCCAGCCCCCCGACACACCAGACCGGCCUGCCUCGGCUCAACAGGAGAGGUAAGCGCGGCUGUUGCUGAAGCUCCUGCUCUCUCUGCUUGGAUUUUACCACCGCUGGGUCAGAGGAACACUGUCAGUUUUUUGGACUUAUUUUGGGAUGUUUCUGCUUCAUACAGUCGCCCCCGUAUUUUUUUGUAGUUUUUAUUAAAGCAGUGUCGAUUAACGGCAUCUCGGCACAAAGACGUUCAGUCACCUAUUAGCCGACGCCGGCUAACCGUUACUAGCUUCCUAAGGACGAACGCAUCAAUACGAGUUAAUCUCGGCUGACUCGUUUGGCGUAAGCCGCUUGGUCAUAGCUGUUUAUCUCUAUCUCAGUGACUAAAGUGGAUGCUUACAGUCACCACCCAUGACUGCGGCGGUUAGGGCAGCGUUUCCGCGAAGCGUGGUGUUCGGAAGAUUGAUUUUCAGUUAGCCUCGGCGGCGGAGCUUCGGGCUGCUUCGGGGAUGUUGGUGGCGGCGGUAGCAAAACAAGCUAACGUCGGUUGCUCCGUUUGAAGGAGGGGAGUGCGAGAAAGUGAGGCAACACUUCAGCUCAUCUGUGAGGACUUCAUUCCCUUUAUUUUUCGUUUAAAUUCCGGAUUUGAUGUCGCCGUGAGGAACCUGACAGGGACUAUACAUCGGAAUCAGAUCGAAGGGGUUAUUUUUGUGCCUCUUAACUGGAUUUCGGCCUCCUAUUCUGGAUCAUCGGGGAAACACGUCAAGUGUUUUGACAUUGACUUAGCCCACUUCUUCAAGAUUCCCUCUCUCAGUACGCGACCUCUCCCCCCUCCUCCUGUACCCUCAGAUGCGGAGAUUUUAGUAGCACCGGCAACCAAAAACCCCCACGGCGGCCGGACAUGCUGAAGUGUAUCCCCCUGUGGCGCUGCAAUCGCCACGUCGAGUCCGUGGACAAGCGCCACUGCAACCUGCAGACUGUCCCCGAUGAGAUAUUUCGCUACAGCCGCAGCCUGGAGGAACUUCUCCUCGAUGCCAACCAACUCAAGGAGCUACCAAAGCCUUUCUUCAGACUACUGAACUUACGGAAGCUCGGCUUGAGUGACAAUGUGAUCCAGAGACUCCCUCCUGAUGUGGCCAACUUCAUGCAGCUGGUGGAACUGGACAUUUCCAGAAAUGAAAUUCCUGAGAUCCCCGAGAGCAUUAAGUUCUGCCGAGCCUUGGAGAUUGCAGACUUCAGUGGAAACCCUCUUUCCAGGUUGCCAGAUGGCUUCACUCAGCUGCGGACGCUGGCUCACCUUUCACUCAACGAUGUGGCAUUGCAGACAUUACCCAGCGACAUUGGAAAUCUGGCCAACUUGGUGACGUUGGAGCUCAGGGAGAACCGGUUGAAGUCUCUGCCCACGUCACUGUCUUUCCUGGUGAAACUGGAGCAACUGGACCUGGGCAGCAAUGAACUGGAAGUUUUGCCGGACACACUAGGCGCUCUCCCUAACCUGAGAGAGCUGUGGUUGGACCGUAAUCAGUUGUCUUCGUUACCACCUGAGCUGGGAAACCUUCGGCGGCUGGUGUGUCUGGAUGUCUCUGAGAACCGUCUGGAGGAGCUUCCUUCGGAGCUGAACGGCCUCCUGGCUCUCACCGACCUGCUGCUCACACAGAACCUGCUUGAGGUCAUCCCGGACAGUAUAGGCUGUUUAAAGCAGCUGUCCAUCCUGAAAGUGGACCAGAACCGAUUGACUCAGUUGACCGACUCCUUAGGAGAGUGUGAAAACCUCACAGAGCUUGUUCUCACAGAGAAUCUUUUACAGUCACUUCCUCGCUCGCUGGGCAAGCUGAAGAAGCUGACGAACUUGAAUGUAGACCGGAACCGGCUGGGCAGCGUGCCCAAAGAACUUGGCGGCUGCGUCAGCCUCAACGUCCUCUCGUUGAGAGAUAACCGGCUGAGCAAACUGCCUGCUGAGCUGGCAGACGCCACCGAGCUGCAUGUGCUGGAUGUGGCUGGAAACAGAUUACAGAACUUGCCUUUCGCCCUGACAAACCUCAACCUGAAGGCCAUGUGGCUCGCGGAGAACCAGUCCCAGCCGAUGCUCAAGUUCCAGACCGAAGAUGAUGAGCGAACAGGAGAGAAAGUGUUGACCUGCUAUCUACUCCCCCAACAGCCAUCACCAAGCCUCGAGAACCUGCUACAGAACAGCGUGGACGACAGCUGGACAGACAGCAAUCUGAACAGAGUGUCCGUCAUUCAGUUCCAGGAGGAGACCAAAGCUGGAGAGGAAGAAGAUGAUGAAGCUGCAGCAGAGCGCAGAGGCCUCCAGCGCAGAGCCACACCUCAUCCCAGUGAGCUGAAGGUAAUGAAGAAGGGGAUAGAGGACAGGAGGAAUGAGACCUACACAUCCAGACCUGAUGGAGAAGACGAGUCAGUUGACCCACAGGAGAAACGACUCAGUGACGUUUCGAAUCAGAGCCACGACUCCCAGGUGUCCAACAGCACUCUGUCAGCCACGUCCCACGAGGACAGACGCAACCUAGUUGCUACCUCACAGAGAGAGGACCUUGUGGACGGCCAUUCCCCUCAGGAGGAGGAAGAGCUGGAUGAGAUGGAGGUGGAGUACAUUGAGCCCACUGUGCACUUUGCAGAAGAACCAAUUAUCCGCGGUGGAUAUGAGGACGACGAGGAGGAGGACAGAGAGAAUGGCGAGAGGAGCGACGAAGACGAGAGGCCAGCUUUUCCACCAGAGAAGCAGCGGCUAAUCAGAAAGGACACGCCACACUACAAGAAGCACUUCAAAAUCAACAAGCUGCCCAAACCGGAGACCGUGGCUGCACUGCUGCAGGGCUUCAGUCCUGAUAGGCUCAACUCCCCAACACAGGCUGCUGAGGAUGAGCAGGAAGAGGAGGAAGAAGAGCAGGAGGAGGGAGAGCAGAUUGUAGGCACCCCUCAGCUCCAUCACAGAAUAGAAGAGCUGGAAGACAUCCGGCUACAGGGCAACUCCAGCCAAGUGAAGGGGGUGUCAUUUGAUCAAGUCAAUAAUCUGCUGAUUGAACCUGCUCGAAUUGAGGAGGAAGAGCACUCGCUGAUCAUUGUUCGACAGUCUGGUGGGCUUGGUAUCAGCAUUGCUGGAGGAAAAGGAUCUACACCUUACAAGGGAGACGACGAGGGAAUCUUCAUCUCAAGAGUAUCAGAGGAGGGUCCUGCAGCAAAAGCAGGGGUGAAAGUGGGUGAUAAGCUUCUAGAGGUGAACGGAGUAGACCUUCAUGAAGCGGAGCAUCACACCGCAGUGGAGGCUCUCCGUAGCUCCGGUGCGACAGUUUCCAUGACAGUCCUGCGGGAGCGCAUGGUGGAGCCUGAGAACGCCAUCACCACCACGCCGCUGAGGCCUGAGGAUGACUACUUCCCACGGGAGAGGCGGAGCAGUGGCCUCGCCUUUAACUUGGAGAGCAGUCCCAGCGGACCCCGGCAGAGGUUCUCCACCUGCCUGAUCCGGAACGACAAGGGCCUGGGAUUCAGCAUUGCAGGGGGCAAAGGCUCAACACCGUAUCGUACAGGAGACACAGGAAUCUACAUUUCCAGAAUCGCUGAGGGGGGAGCCGCACACAGAGACAGCACGCUGCAUGUGGGAGACAGGGUGAUCUCCAUCAAUGGUGUAGACAUGACAGAGGCCAGGCAUGACCAGGCAGUAGCGCUCCUUACCGGCACCUCCCCCACCAUCACACUGCUGGUGGAGCGGGACCUCAGCACACCGGGAGGCUCUCCGGGUCAGAACCGGGCACGAGCCCACUCCCCUCCACCCCCGGAACCUUCAGCCUCUCCAGACCAAGACGAGGAAGGCCUUCAGGGAAACCACGUGGGAAAGAUGGAAGACGAGUAUCCCAUUGAGGAGGUGACCCUGGUGAAGUCAGGUGGGGCUCUUGGACUGAGCAUUGUUGGAGGCAGUGACCAUGCUAGCCACCCUUUCGGCAUCAGUGAACCUGGGGUUUUCAUCUCAAAGGUGAUUCCUCACGGUUUAGCAUGUGAAAGUGGCCUGCGAGUCGGCGAUCGCAUAUUAGAAGUGAACACCAUUGACCUGCGACACGCCACGCACCAGGAAGCCGUGCGGGCCCUCCUGGCCAACAAACAGGAGAUCCGUAUGCUGGUGCGGAGGGAUCCUUCGCCACCCGGCAUGCAGGAGGUUUUGAUCCAAAAGCAGCCGGGAGAGAAACUCGGGAUUAGCAUUCGGGGAGGAGCAAAAGGUCACGCUGGAAACCCCUUUGACCCCACAGAUGAGGGCAUCUUUAUCUCCAAGGUGAGUACGACCGGAGCAGCAGCCAGAGAUGGAAGGCUGCAGGUCGGGAUGCGUAUCCUGGAGGUGAACAACCACAGCCUGCUGGGAAUGACCCACACAGAGGCAGUGAGAGUGCUUCGUGCUGUCGGAGACUCUCUGGUCAUGCUGGUGUGUGACGGCUUCGACCCACGUAAGGUCGCAGCUGUCGAGGCGUCUCCUGGCAUCAUCGCCAACCCGUUUGCAACCGGCAUUGUACGCAAGAACAGUUUGGAGAGCAUCUCCUCCAUAGACCGAGACCUGAGCCCAGAAGAGAUGGAAAUCAUACAGAAGGAGUCUGAGAUGGUCAGAGAGGCAUCGCAGUGGGAACAAGAGGAGAUGGAGAAAGUGGAGCGUAUGCGUUUGGAGCGUGAAGAGGCAACUCGCCUGCUAGAAGAGGAGACGGAGAACCUUGGCACUGGACCUUUGAAACUUGACUACAAAACCCUGGCUGCCCUCCCCGCCACCAGCCUGCAGAAAGUCAACAGAUUCUCUGUCGCUCUGACUGCUCCCAUGGAAGCCCCCCCGCCAGACAAUCACGGAGGCCCUUUAGAACCCGUGGGCUUCGGGUUGGGCAAACCCACUGAACCCCUCACAGACCACAGUUAUCUCCAUGAAUUCCAGUUCUCACUUAAUGGGACGUCCACCGUCCUUGACAAUCCAGGCUCGAACACAGCUGUUGACGCAACAGUUUCUCCUGAGGAGGAAGAGGAAUGCCUGGUGGACUCCCAGCCUAUGUGCUUUAACAAAAACCCCUUCUUGGUGGCCAAUCGUAAAGGAAAAGGUCUUCCACCUGGAGAGCAGAUCCUGUCGGGGCCUCCUGUGGGCUACGGCCAACAGGGAAAACUGCAACCCUGGUUGUUCAGCAAGGCACCUUCAUCCGAUUACACCAGAACGGACAGCCCAGUCCGGGAAGCACCGUAUUCUCCCACUAUCCAACCGCCCAGCCACCACUCCUUUAACAGCUCCAUGUGUGCAGGCAGGGAGACCCGCUUUGCAAACAUUCAUUACACUGCCACUCCCACUGCUAAGGACAGCACUUCAUCAUCAACGCGGCCUGGAGCCAUCCAGCCAGUCGGACGUGUGCGCCCCACCACCUCCCCCGGCACGCCGGAGCGCCACAGUCCUAACCCCUUUCAGCAUGGCCCCUCCCCAUUCAACUCCCAGACCUCUCCUCGCGCCCCCUCCCCCUGUUCGCCCGACGACUUCCAAAUGAAUGUCAAGCAGGCAUACAAGGCGUUCGCCGCCGUGCCUCGCUCGCUGGCAGUGCUGGAGCCGCCGCAGGAUCUGUAUGGCGUGAGGAACAAUUUUUACCCAAAACAACCUUCACCAGAGCCUGUGUUGAACGACGACGUGUUUGAUGAUAGAACUGAUGGUCAGGAAGGAGGUGAUGAGGGUCUGACCAGCAAGGUCUCACCCCGGCCCUCCCUAUCUUCUGAUCGACGGGAGUAUUUGAGCCUGGCAGCGGUGCCACGCUUCUCCAGAACCUCCGUGGAAUUGCAGAGUCCUUUAUUUGGAGGUAAGAAGAGCCCAGAACAGCGCUCGUUCAGGGACCGGCAGAAGUACUUUGAGAUUGACGUGAAGCAGCAAACCCCAGAGAAACCCAAACCCAGAGUCUCCCUCGUUGGAGAGGAUGACCUCAAGAAAAUGAGGGAGGAGGAAGAGAGGAGGUUUGAGCAGCGAGCGCGGGAAUACCUGAUGGACGAAGAUGAGGAGGAUGAUGAAGAAGACCUGGCUAAGCAAAUGGCGCACAUGAAGGCUACAGGAAAGGUCUUGUUAGACGGGGUUGAGUACAAGGUGGAGCCUGCAUCUAGCCCAUCUCAGCAAUGCCCCACACCACUGAGCUACACUGGCACCUCAGGGCCUUCUUCAGUGGAUGGCAAGGGUCACUCACAAAGGAAUUCACUGGAGGACGGCUUAAGGUUGGAGCAGAGACCAAACUCUAUGACGGGUCUGAUAUCGGCCUACCCUGGAGAGUCGGCGGCUCCCAUCCGCACAGCCAAAGCAGAACGCAGACAUCAAGAGAGGCUCCGUAUGCAGAGCCCUGAGCUGGCUGUGGCCCCCGACAAGGACCUAUCCCCUGCAGAGAAGCGAGCGCUGGAAGCUGAGAAGAGGGCCAUGUGGAGGGCAGCACGGCCCUAUGGCCUAGAGGAGGAUGUUAGACAGUAUGAGCAGGACCUGGCAAAGAGGCUCUACCAGGCCCGAGUGAGGGCCUCUCAGGGCGCAGUCCCCCAGCCCCAUGCUUCCUCCUCUACCUCCUCCUCUGCAGCCUCCCAGCUCAGAAUGAAGUCUCUGGAACAAGACGCACUGAAAGCUCAGAUGGUCAUUGCCAAGUCUCGGGAUGGGAAGAAGCGUGGGACGCUAGACCAGCUGGCCGAGUCCCCGUCGCCGGCUCCAACGCCGUCUCCCACUCCCAUGGAAGAACUCAGUCCUCGAGCCUUAACCUCACCAGGCAGGCUGUCCCUGUCAUCAAAGAAGUUUGACUACCGACAGUUUGCCGCCAUUCCUUCUUCCAAACCCGUAUACGACAUUCAGACCCCUGAUGCAGCAGAGGAAGUGCAAUACAUCGACGCCUCCAGCAAUGCCGGGCAUGGCUUCAGCCCUGAGGUGGAGGUUCCCACCCCGCUGCCUGCCACCUCAGCUUUGGAGGAGAUGGCCCAUUACAGCAACAAACGCAAACUGAGGCAGGGCCGCCGCAGCCUGGAAACCGCUGUGCCCACGUAACACAACCAGGAACACAACCCAGACACGUUCACACAGACUGGAGACGAACUCUCCAAAUAUAACCACUGCAGAGACUCUAAAGCUUUUAGUCGCCACACACUUGUAUCCUGUGUGCCAGUCUUGCCUUUAUAGUCUGUGGGUAAGUUGGCGAGCUCCUUAACAGCCCCCUGAAGGAGACGAGUUGGUGUGGUUCGCUAGGAUUGCUACUUACAGACAAAUUAUUUUCUUAAAUCUUCUGUUUGCCUCGUAGAUCAGAUCUAUUUUAACUUGAGGGUGAUCAAAAUGUGUUGUUUUAUUUCUGCAUCAUUGUGAUGUCACUGUUUAUAUAAAAAAGGACUUAGUGGAAACAGGAAAUGAAAAGAAAUGGGUUAUAGUUUUAGUAACUUCAGCAAUUAGACUGUAAAGUGUUUUUAUAAUUUGGGAUGUAAAUAUUACCUGAGGAGGGAACAGCUUGCUACCUUCAUCGUCACAUAUUGUGGAAAAUCUUCUCUCAUGAAGCACAUAUCAUGUAUUCACUGCCACUGUAUCAUAAUUUAUUGUUUUAUCAAAUUGAAGACUUACAGUUUUAACCCAUUUUAACUCAUGAGGACAGCUUAGGUGUAUCCUCAUGAGUCUGAAAGCUUUUAACUGAUGAUCUGCAUAUCACUACUUACAUUUACUUUAUAAAUAAACCUAAAUCACAGGGUGGAGCAUGGUUAAAUGUUUGGAGGGAACCGCCUUGUUGCACAUAACUGUACUGAGACGCAUCAACAGACUGGUUUCUGUCAUCUCUGCAGCCUCUGUUCAGAUUAACCGGUGUUGCCUUCCUCUAUAGAGAGAAUAUCUACACUGGACACAGCAGAUGCUCACCAACUGAUUAUGGGAUCGAGCAUGUUGGCAUAAUUAAUAAAUGGUACUUAUCCUGCUAAGGAUAUUGUUUUUGUAUUUUGAAAUCAAUGUGAACCAUUAAUACUAUCCUGCAUUAUCUGGAGUUUUACCACAGUGAUGUGAAGGUAGCAGGUGUUGUAUUUUUCUGACUAUGGUUAAUUUAAAUCUGAUGCCACUGAAAAAAGAAAGAAAAUCAUUUAUCGUGUGAAUAAUGUACAAAAAAACUGAAAGGAUCCUGUCUGGACUGCUGAAGCAUCUGGGUGAGGUUAGGCUUUUUAUUGGGAUGUUCUUUUCAUGUGUAUUGGUUUAAUUGGGAGAGCUGUGACAGGCUGCACCAAUCAGAAAUCACUUUUAAAACCACCAUGCAGCUCCUGGGCUUCUCUGCAGAAUCACAGCAUCGUAGCAUUUUAAUUUAAUCUAGGGUCGAUGAUUAGUUUUCCUUGUUGCUUUCACUGACUGAAAUUCAGUUUGAUAUAAUUUGCUAUUUGUUUUGUUUUUUUUAACUAUUUGUAGGCAACAAUUUUUUUUCCAGAUGGGUUUCACUACAUUGAUGCCGUGUUUUAUGUUUCUGUUUUAUUAUUUUGUCUUGAGUUCUUUUCAGGGGGAUUUAACUUGCUAACAGGCCAGAGGGUGUGGGGUCAGAAGUCCUAGGGUCAAGGGUUAUAGCUCAUAUAAGACUGUAACUAGUGAAUUUGUACAACCAAAGAAGUCUAUUUUGUGGUUCAGGAAUAAUAAAUUUUACUUUUCAUUUAAGAAGCU